AUGCCAGGAGCCACGUGUGAAUGUGGACAUCUUGCUUGCUACCACGUCAGCAACUCCCAACCGCCUACCGUGUCUGGGUCCCACGACGUUGUUGUCCUCGAGCAGCGUCUUCAACUGCUAGAGAAAGAGCACGUCGAGUUGCACCAGCUUCGGCGUGAUUUCAUGCUGUUGCAGGAACAGCUGAACCAGGGCUGCUUCCGAAACCAGGAACUGGUCGAACGCGUCAGCGAGCUUGAAGAUGCCACUGAAAAGAGCAAGCUCGACAUCGACCAGCAGGUCCGCGAAGCAUACCGGAAUUUGAGGCGGGCCUGGGAUUCUAUAAACGAGCUGUCGCACCACAAUAUGGCUACCGACAACCAGAUCCAACAUAUUCAGGAGAAUCUGCGCGCUGUACACGCCGAGAUUCCGCAAUUCGGGGAGCGUCAGAUCGAAUUCGAUGCCGAGGUUGCCCGUAUAAGCCAGCGGCAGCUCGAGCUCGCCGACAUCAAUAUUGCGCUGGAAGAACGCAUUGAAUCUCUGGAAACCCUAGAUGGCCUUGAAGAGCGGGUGGAAUCGCUCGAGGCUCUCGAGAACCAGAGGCUGAUCGACAACCGGAGAGACGCUAAAGGCAUAGAACAACGACCUUUUUCUUCUCCUGCGCUUACCACCGAAAGAGCACUGCCGCCACCGUCACUGCGGCCGCGACCUAUCGAUGGCUCUCGUCUCAUUGCGAGUCAGUCAAUUUCCAGCUCCCUGUCGUCCCCAUUCUCCGACAAGGCUGCGAGCAGCAGAGUGCAAACGGCACACAGAGCCGGACCGGCUCAAGAAGCGCUGCCGGUCAUGUCUUUCCUCGGCAGCUCUCACCACACAGAUCGCCGCAUACUCCCGCCGACGUCAAUUCCUGCUCAUCCAGUCUCGAUAUCCCAGCGUCCCAGCAGCGCUGGAAGCAAUUAUGAGUCGAACGAGCUCUGGACUGUUCACAUCUCGCUCAUGCCAUCAGCAACGCUGCCGAUGCCCUUUGAGCGCGGAACCAAUGCUUACAAGCGGUGUCUCUCACGGGGCUUGCACCAGAUGGUACCUGUCAACGGCACCGAUGCCGAGGCAGUCGAGAGAGCUGUAAGAAAGGCGUUCAAAGGGUUCCUCGGCGACCACCCCUGGAUACCGCUCAAAGCCGAGCCAUGUACCGCUGACGGCCUGACCGGUCUGCCGAUGUUACGGCAACUUGAUCCGUCGCUGGUCGAUAAGCCGUACGACCUCCAGUUUCUGAUGGACAACCGCGCCGUGCACGACAGCAAUGGCCAUAUUGACUCUCUCUACAUUGCCAUGAGAGACAGGACAAUCUCGUGGUACAAAUUGCGGAAGGCGCCCAUCUUUCUCGAAGGAUUGGAAGCGUCUUGGAGUUUUGACACGAUGCUGGACAACAAAAACGAACCUGUCGCCAGCAAUGGGGACGGUGGUGGGGACAGCAGUGAAGACGAGAACAAAGGUGGUAUUCCGCGGCCACCGGCCGGAGACAUUGCGGCGUGCCUGUCUCUAAAGCGUGCAGCUUCGGAGAUGUCUCGCUCGUCCAGCUUUGGAUCGGGUACAACCCAGGUGCCGACAACGACAGCUGCAUAUGCUCUUGAGGGUGAGGGAUCCCGAUCAAAAAUACCACGGAUCCAUCCCUUGCCUGACCUAGUUGAAAUCCGAAGAGGAGUGACAAUAUUAUGA